AUGUCUGAAAUAAUUGAAGGUAACGUCAAAAUUGACAGAAUUUCCCCAGGUGAUGGUGCCACUUUCCCAAAGACUGGUGAUUUGGUUACCAUUCAUUACACCGGUACUUUAGAGAACGGCCAAAAAUUCGAUUCCUCCGUUGACAGGGGCUCUCCAUUCCAAUGUAACAUCGGUGUCGGCCAAGUCAUCAAGGGUUGGGAUGUUGGUAUCCCAAAGUUGUCUGUUGGUGAAAAAGCUAGAUUAACCAUUCCAGGCCCAUAUGCUUAUGGCCCACGUGGUUUCCCAGGUUUGAUUCCACCAAACAGUACUUUGGUUUUCGACGUCGAAUUGUUGAAGGUCAACUAA